ACCAUUGUUCCCUACGUGAAUACUUAAUCAAAAUGCCUAUGCUUUUAAACCCCCCCUUUGGGGAAUCUUUACCCUUUAAGCAACCUUUGCUCCAAGCGAUUCUCUAUUAACUAAUUCCCUCCCUCUUUUCUUGUCACACCGAAAACUUGUUUUUAAUUAAAAAAAAAAAAAAAAAAAACCAUUAGUCCUCUUCCUUUCCCUCUUGGGGUCAGGUCAGCCUGCAUGAAUUCUAGCCCGCCUUGGACACCAAAGAAAUGCCGAAAACCAUGGUAGUCACGCACGCAGAUCUCGCCCCUAGCCGUCGGAGAACCGAUUUGGGCAGCAAACUUGGUGUCUUCCUCAUAGUCUUGACCAUUCUCUGUGGCUUGUUUUGCUUCAUUCUCUGCCUAAUUGCUGAAGCCACUCGUUCAGAGAUGACAUGGAUAGCCAAUGGAGAUAAAGGAUCAAAAGAGGAGAGAUAUGAAUGUGUGUAUAGUGGAAGUGGGAAAAUGCCAUUGUUGUGUGCUGCAAGUGCAUUUGUGGGAUUGGCAAUUGCCAUGAUGAUUGAACACACAUUCAUGUUGAUUGCAGUCAGUAAGCUACCACCUUCUGCUUUGGUCUGUUUGGACACUGAUUCAGGCUCCUCUAGGACUUUGACUUGGCAAGCUGGUUUCUUCUUUCUCACAACUUGGAUUUGUUUUGCUGUUGGGGAGAUAUUGUUGCUGAUUGGGCUGAGUGUGGAGUCAGGGCAUUUGAAGAAUUGGUCAAGGCCAAGGCCAAGUUGCUUUGUAAUAAGAGAAGGCAUUUUCUCAGCUGCUGGGGUUUUUGCCUUGGCUUCAGUUUUCCUUGCUGCUGGGUUGUACUUGACAGCUCUAAGGGCACAGAGGAUGUCCCAAGAGCAAGAAAACGUGAGGCAGCAGAUUCUUGAGGCCUCGGCCCUCUACGCGUCACCGCCGAGGUCACCCGGCCGUCACCACAUCGCCGCCAUUGCCAGGGAGGACCCUGUAUUUAGAGAGGAUCACAGUAAUGACCAACCAAGUUUUGUGUUUUCACUGCCUUGUGGGAAGGACCCAAAUUAGUCUAAUGCUAUAGGCCAAGCUGUUUGACGAAAAAGGAAAAAAAAAGAUGCAAUUGUACAAGGAAAAACAAAGGUGUAAAUUCAUACUUAGUUUUGUGUGUGUAUAUAUAUGUAUUUAAAAAAAAAAAUUCAGGAUUGGAAUAGAAAAGGGUUAUCUCAACUAGUCUAAAGCCUAAGGUAAUAAAAAAGAAAAAAAUAAGU